AUGCUCGCCUCGUUGGGCCUGCCCCUCGCGCUACCGACGCCGGGCAGGUCGCCGGAAUUCGCCUCGCUGCCCAGCACCGCCCGGCUGCCCGAGAAUUGCAUCGGCGACAUCGACAGCGACGGCUCAGGGUCCUUCAGCGUGGACGAGCUGUUGGCGGUGGCGCGGUCAAUGCGCUGCCCGGGCCUGCACACCUACCCGACGUACGAGGCGGACCUGCGCUUCUCGUUCCAGCUUUUUGACCGAGACGGCGACGGCGAGCACAACGAGACCGAGGCGGUCGCGUACAACUACGCGGUAACGCACCACCGCGCGCCCUUCAUCACCGAGGCCCUAGGGGCUUGCGAGCGGCGGUACCGCGCGCGCUGCGGCCGCGGCUCAUCCGUUCGCUCCGCAUCCUCUCGCCAGCGCCGCAUGAGCGAGGAUGCGGCAUACGGCGGGACGAUGGAGAGGACGUUUGAAGACGGCGCAAAAGUCACGAUUGUCUACAGCACGGCCGGCACCAUCCCAAUCACGUCCAUCGUGAACGUGCCGAUUCCGUGGCAGCCGGGCAAGGGCGUCAACUACAGCACCGCCUCGCAGCUGCUGCCGUGCGCCGCCGACGAGGAGUUCUACGGCCGCGGCACGAUUGUCAACGGCUCCAUGGCGACCGGGCCCGGCGCCGCCGAGUCGGCGACCUAUCAGGCGCAGCUCAGCUGCCUCAAGGCCUGCCUCGAGGCGGGCGCCAAGGUGUGCGCCAACACGUGCGCAGGCUGCUGGGCGGGCGACCGGCUGCUCCUCUCCUACGACGUGCCCGCGCCGACCUACGUGCAGCUCGGCGGCGACUGCCCGGGCUACAGCCUCCGGGUGGUCGGCUCCAGCCUCACGGUGCCGCAGUGCGAGGCGGCCUGCGACCAGCUCGACACGUGCGCGGGCUUCUCCUUUGCCGAGGAGCCGGGCGAGUGCCAGCUCGCGUACGCCGCGUGCUCGAACGACGAGGCCGUCGCAAACGGCGCGCGGCUCAACAACGAGACGGCCUUCUUCUACGCCUACGUGUCCCUCGAGUCCAACUGCGGCACGGCGCGCGUGGACAUGUCCGACCCGGAGCCGGAUAACUUUGAGGGUUGCGAGGAAGAGUGCACCAAGAGCCCGGGGGAGUGCGGCGGCUUCUCCUUCAAGGGCCCGCAGCCGACCUUCUCUGACGGCGCGUGGAGUGCGGUGACGGCGCCGAGCCAGUGCGUCCCGUCCAAGCCGCUGGUGACGGCACCCCAGUGCGGCACUUCGGGCGCCGACUGCGAGUCGGGAUGCAGGUGCCGCUACUCGGCGAGCGGCUGCGAUCCGUAUACGUGCGACAGCUAUGGCAGCCAGAAGGACUGUGACGAGAGCGCGGAGUGCGAGUGGUACAGCGGCUCGGGCUCGUGCUGCGAUGGGCUGGUGUGCAACACGGAGGGAGUCGGGGUGGGCAAGUGCCAGUACCCCGGCGCGGUCGGCUCCUCCUGCAACUCUGGCGCCGAUUGCGCGUCUGGGAUCUGCGACACGGACAUCAACGCAAACGGCCGCAAGACCUGCUCCGACUGCCUGACUCAAAACACGCGAUGCUCGACGACGGACCAGUGCUGCGGCGGCGGCGAACCCGGCGGCUUGAUUUGUGACACGCGGGGGGUUAACGCUUGCGUGCCCCCGCUCGCCAACGGCCAGCCGUGCUGGACAGACGGCGAGUGCCAGAGCAACAUUUGCGACACCUCAGGAAUAAAUGAGUGCGUCUCGUGCCAGGGCGAGGGCGGCCACUGCGAGGGAGACAACUAUUGCUGCUCGGGCAUGGUCUGCCAAAAGUCGGGCAUUAACCAGUGCAUCAGCCCGCAGCCGGACGGGAGCCACUGCUACAAUGGCGAUGAGUGCUCGAGCGGGUACUGCGACACCCGGGGGAUCAACGAGUGCUCGGGCUGCCUGCCUCAGGGCGCCGGCUGCUCCACUGGUGGGAACGACAACUGCUGUUCCGGUUUGGUUUGCAACACAGACGGUUUGAACUCUUGCCAGCCUCCCGCGGGGAACGGCGCGCACUGCUACCACGACUAUGAGUGCGCGAGCGGUUACUGCGAUACGGCCGGCGUCAAUGCCUGCUCCAGCUGCCUGACGGACGGGGAGCGGUGUCAGACCAGCAGCAACUGCUGCGGUAACAACGACCCAAAUAGCGGCUCUUACUAA